UAAACAAUUAUAACUUCCGGUCUUUGUUCUUAGCUACAACAAUUUUUCUGAUGUUUGUGGGAUUCAGAGCCUGCUUUAUGUGGCGCUUAGCGGCAGUGCAGCAGUUGAUUAACUCAAGAUCUCGUGAUCCGCUGCCGAACUUAUUCCAAUUCAAUGAGCAUUCUCAAUAUUAUGCCUUGAAGAGGACUCGAACCUCCACGCUCUUUAGCACGAGAUUUUGAGUCUCGCGUGUCUACCAUUUUACCACCAAGGCAUCUUGAAAGUGAAUCGUAUUCCAGGAAUAUGAUAUCUAUCUAGUGUGAUGUAUGGAAUAUAUGACAAGUGGAGUGUUGGAGUAUUUCUAUUGAUCGGUCUAUGUCGGAUUCUCAUCCUUCCUUGAUCGGCUGCUGUAGCACAUAUUCUUGUUAAGCUUAGACGUUAAAGUUUAAAGUUUAAACAUAUAUAUGUUCUUCAAUCAAAUGGAUAUCUUUGCAAGGGUUUGCUUGUUAGAUAUGGUACACUUAUAUGGUCGUUGUCAACUUUGAUUGUAACUUUCAUAUUGUCAAAAACGCCCAACCUAACUCGUAGAGAAAAUUAUGGUCUUCAAAUUAUAGAAGAUAUACUUAUCAGAAGAUUUCAGACAUUUGACUUUUUUUUCCAAAUCUUCACCGCCAAAACCAAAAAUUUCUGUAUUUAUAUGUCACACACAUCUCAUUCUCAUAAGGUUUCCAAGUCAAUCGAGCUAGCUGUCUCUCUCUCCCUCACACGAAUUUUGUUUUUAUCCACAGUAUUCAGUUUGCUGGCUAUGGUAAUAUCUUAACCAAAAAGGAAAACUAUGGGAAAUUUCAACACAAUCCAAGCUGGCAAUGGAAGAAGAUUCAAAUAUGAGAGAAAACCGGCUGCGGAUUCUUUCAACAACCCCACCGGAACUCAUGAAGGAAUAAAGACAGUAGGGGCGGAUAAUCUUUGCGACUUCUCAAGAAACUCUGACCUUUGCAUUUGCAUAAUAACUUGGAACAUGAAUGGACAGGUCUCGUAUGAAGAUCUGGUCGAGCUGGUUGGGAGCAACCGUAGGUUUGAUCUACUUGUGGUUGGUUUGCAAGAGGUGCCUCGAGACAACCUUACGCGAUUGUUGCAGGAUGCUCUUACUGAAACUCACGGGCUAUUAGGAAAGGCAAUUUUGCAGUCUCUGCAACUAUAUGUGUUCGGACCAAAGAACUCAGACUUGUUCAUCAAAGAACUCAAGGUGGAUAAGCAUUCUGUCGGAGGCUGUGGAGGAAUGUUCAGGAGAAAGAAAGGAGCCGUGGCAAUCCGUAUCAACUACAAAGGAUUCAGAAUGGUGUUUAUCACUUGCCAUCUCUCUGCUCAUGCUCGAAAUGUAGAAGAGAGAAAUACACAGUGCAGGCACAUAUCUCACUCACUCUUUUCCAAGUAUUGGAACCCUUACGCCAGGCCCACCCACAUCACCAUAUGGUUAGGAGACCUCAAUUACAGGCUUCGAGGCGUCAAUACACAUCCCGCCAGAAACUUGAUACAAAGAAACCUUCACAGACUGCUUACAAGCAAAGAUCAACUCCUUCAGGAGGCCGAAAGAGGGCAGAUUUUCAAUGGAUAUUGCGAGGGAACACUCACAUUCAAACCAACGUAUAAAUAUAAUAUAGGAAGUAGCAACUACGAUACAAGUUACAAGGUAAGAGUUCCAUCAUGGACUGAUCGAAUCCUAUUCAAGAUCGAAGAUCCUGACAACAUCAGCGCAAGUUUGCACUGUUACGAAUCAAUUGAUGACAUUCAUAGUUCUGACCAUAAGCCAGUGAGAGCCCACCUUUGUUUCAAAAUUAGCAAAUCAUAGUCACAGCUCUUAGAAAAUGUCCAUGGCAGGGGGAAAAAGAAAUCCCUAGUGCAUCUAUUUGCUCUUGUAAAUUUGCCCUAAUAUUGCUUCAGGAAACUAAUCUAUUCUUCUUUCUUUUGAAAUUAACAGUAACACUACUGUCAAGCUAGAUAUUUGACCUUUUGGAUCGUUUUUUUUUGUACUUGCGAGGACAUUAAAGAUAAUAAAGAAAACUGAUGAAUCUGUAAUUUGUCCCCUUAUAUGUGUUCAACUUUCAAGCUUUCAUUUCAGCUCUCAGUUUCUUGGAUAAAUCAGGUUACUAAGCCCACAA